AUAUCUGGAUAUAGAGCAACAGUAUCGAACGCCUUAGCCUGUUCGGAUUUGGCGCGGAAUCCCACCGGUUGUGUUUUAAGUGCUAUUUUAAUGAUCUGAGUGAUUUGAGUGCCAAAAUGGGAUAUAAGGGAUUGUUUUUUGUUUUUCUCGCAAUUGGAUUAAGCAGUGCGCAAAUAAGCAAAGUUUGCGUGCCGACAUCAGACUCGAUACGCUGUCAGAACCUGGACAAGGAUGGCAGCCAAGUCUCCUGUGAAUCCGUCUCCACAAGAGUGGAGUGCGCAGCCAGGCUGGUGCGAGGGGCGGCCGACUUCGGAGUGUUCUCUGACGAGGAACUGCUCCUCUUGGCGCAGCAGUCCAACGACCUUCGGGUGGUGGCCACCGUCAGAGACGUGAACAGACAGGAGCCAUACUCCUUUGAAGCUGUAGUAGUGGUGCCCAACAACCACACGAACGGUUUCGCUGGUCUGCGGAACGGUCGCUACUGCCACCCUGGUUUCGGAGUGGCUGACAUCCGCUGGUCUCCGCGAGUGUUGAGGGCCAUGGAAGUCGCUGCCGCCCGCACCGACCGCUGCGAAGGGGAUGUGGGCUCCAGAACAGCUGAGGAGAUGGAGGUGACCACCCUCAGCAACUUCUUCUCCGAAGCCUGCCGCCCAGGACCCUGGAGCGCCAAUGCUACCCUCGAUGCGAACCUUAAGAGCCGUUUCCCCAACCUUUGCGCUAUGUGCUCCGCUCCCGGCGUUUGCGCAGGCUACGACACUAGCGCCGCCGUCAGCGUGGCAGGCGUGUUAAACAGCAACAGGCACAUCCAGGCGCUAGACUGCCUUACCACCAACGGAACAGUGGCGUUUGUCGCUUGGCAGCACGUCAGGGAGUUCUUUACCUUGCGCAGUCCCCAGUUCGCAGCUACCCACAGCAUUCUCUGUGAAGACGGCUCCCUCGUCCCCCUCACCACAGAGGCUCUGAACACCCCUCUGUCGCCUUGUUCUUUGGUGAAGCAGCCGUGGAGUGCCGUCGUUGCUAGAAGCGCCGUAGCAGAGAGCGUAGCGAGCAACCUUCGCACGUGGUGGCCUACAGGCGCGGACUUCGGCGCCAGCUCGUGGCAGACCAACUUGUUCGCAGUCCUGGCCGGGGGCGCCAACUGGAACUUGGUGCACGAAACCAACCUGGUCUCGCCCGCCAACUACACUGGAGCAAUCCGCAACAUUCCCAGCAUCGACUCCGCUCCGUCCUGCCUGCCAGCCCGUCGCUGGUGCACCGUCUCCACCCUAGAACAGACCAAGUGCACCUGGGUGCGGAACGCAGCUCAUUCCCUGGGCAUCCAGCCCCCCAUAUCUUGCCAGCAACGAGCGAGCGUGUUCGACUGUUUGGACGACAUCAGGGAAUCACGAUCUGACUUCUUUUCGGUGGAUUCUCACUACGGAUAUAUUGCUAGACGCCACUACAACCUGUCCCCCGUCAAGCUGGUCCAGAACAGCCGCGGCGCGUCAUCCCGGGUGGCCACCCUCAUCAAGUCGUCCGCCGCAGAGAACAUCACCCGCUUCGAGAACUUGAGGGAUAGAGUCGCUUGCUUCCCGGAAUACGGCAGCAUUGCGUACGUGGCGUUCCUCCGAGCGGCCCAAGACCGCGGCGUCAUCAGCUCCACGCAGUGCAACUACCAGCGCGCGGUCGGAGAGUUCUUCAGCGGCGCGUGCGCACCGGGCGCGCUGCACCACUCGCACACCAUCUCCGACGCUUCGGACGUAAGUGGAGAGGGACAGAAGAUAGACUUUAUAGGGAGACAGACAGAGAGAGACAAAAGACAGACAGAGACAACAGUCAUCAGCUCCACGCAGUGCAACUACCAGCGCGCGGUCGGAGAGUUCUUCAGCGGCGCGUGCGCACCGGGCGCGCUGCACCACUCGCACACCAUCUCCGACGCUUCGGACUUGAUAUCAGCUCGACCACAAUCUCUACGAAGUAAGUAUAGAGAGAGACAGAACAUGUACUUUAUAAGGAGACAGACAGAGAGAACAGUCAUCAGCUCGUCGCAGUGCAACUACCAGCGCGCGGUCGGAGAGUUCUUCAGCGGCGCGUGCGCACCGGGCGAGCUGCACCACUCACACACCAUCUCCGACGCUUCGGACCAAUUCGACGCCACGACCCUGUGUACGGCUUGCAGACCCAACCUCAGCGUACUCAACGGAACUGACGUUUCCAACUUCACCUGUGCCUUCAACUCCUCCAACCUGUUCUUCGGGAACCAAGGAUCCGUCAGCUGUCUCGCCAGCGAGCACACAGAUGUCGCUGUCGUCGAGUUGCAAAACAUUGACGCACAACUGCGAGCUCUGAACAUUGACGGCACCCGAUUCCGAGCGUUGUGCUCCAACAACACCCUGGCGCUGUUCCCUGGUACCAACAUCGAUGAUGGCUGCCUCAUCGCGCACGUGGUUGACGCUGAAGUCCUCACGAGAAGAAACGACCCAAUCUUCAACAGCAUCAACGUCUUCUUGGACGCGAUCGACGAGCAUUUCGGCUACAACGCUGUCUCUGAACAACUCAUCAACAUGCACAUCUACGAUCCCUUCGACGGGACCAGCGACCUUUUGUUCAAGGAUUCCACCGUAGGCUUGACAGAACCUAACGUGUUCGUCUCCCAUCAACCGGCUAGGAACUACAUCAACUUAUUCACCCAUUUGGAGGCGUGCACCAGUGCAGCGACCACACCCACUCCUGGAAUUAUCCCGGGGGUGAAUGGUUUGGCCAAUAGGAAUAUAAUGUCGGUCAUGACCAUGGCCGUUAUGGGACUGAUGGCCAGAUUCGUGGUGUAUUAGCGAGUUUAGAGUAUGACCAACAGCACAUCAAGAAAGCAAUGUGGCAUCUUACGGCCGGUUCACACAUGUCUCCGUUUUACUGUUCCGUUUUAUCGUGU